AUGUCCGAGCGUCAAAGCCUCGCCGAAUCUGUUAGUGCGAAUGAGCCCUCCGAGGGUGAAAUUGCAUCUGAGAACGGAGGCGCGAAGCAAGCGUCGACCAAUGAAGAAUUGCUUACUCAACGAGGAAAGCGACUGCUGUUCUCCGAAGGCUUCGGUUAUUGUUUGGAUCGAGCGACAACAGACAAAACCAUUUGGCGAUGUCUACGCGAGAAAUCGGGUCAUUGUAAGGGCCGUAUAUGGAAAUAUCCGGAUGGUCGAGUGCUGCCGCGGAAUGAGCACAAUCAUUACCCAGACUCCACAGACUACGAGCGAAGAAAAGUUUUGGAAAACAUUAGGCGAGCCUCAAAAUGCAGUUUCGGAACCUCUGCACAACUCGUUGCUGAGCAGGUGGAAUCAAUGCCUGCAGGAAUUGCGACGUCUUCACCCCCGAUCCCGCAGUUGAAACGGCUCGUUCGAAGAACCAGGGCAGCAGAGACGCAUGCUUGUCCCCCCAUUUUGGAAGAUCUCGUCAUCCCUUCCGACCAGCAGCUCGAUCAUGAAGGAAAGAAAUUCCUUCAAUACGACAAUGGGCCACAAGCUGAGAAUGAUCGAGUCAUCAUCUUCGCGUCGGACCGAGGACUCCAGAUCCUCGCUUCCAGCGACAUCUGGUAUAUGGACGGAACAUUUGAGGUGGCUCCAAGGCUAUUCUAUCAGCUCUACACCAUCAACGUCACGCAGCAUGACUGUUUCAUCAAUACAGUGUACUGUUUGCUGACCGAUAAGCGACAGCUGACGUGUAAAGAGCUCUUGAACGUCAUCCGCGAAGAAGUCCCCGCUCUCAAUGUGAGGGUAGCUAUUGCUGACUUCGAGAUCGCAUUCAUCAAAGCCUUCACCGAUGUCUUUCCUGCAAUACAGCUGCGCGGCUGCUACUUUCACUUUUGCCAGGCCAUCUGGCGGAAAAUUCAGAAGUUCCCAAUCGUGCGGAAGGCCUACGUCGAGAACUCGGAUUUCGCGCUGAAUGUGAAGAUGUUGAUAGCUCUAGCUUUCGUUCCUCUACAAUCAGUUCUUGAAUACUAUGGGUGUUUGAUUUCGUCGGAAUUUUAUCGUGUCAAUUCGAACAAGUUGGAGGGUCUUCUAUUAUAUUUCGAGAGGACCUGGCUCGGACUCAAUUCAUUCGGUCAGUGGAGAGAGGCUACUUUCAAUCUAUCGCUAUGGAACUUAAUGAAAGUAUUCUGCACAAUCUUCCCGUGA